AUGCCUAGUUUAAGAAGUAAGACGUCACGAAGUCGCCGAAUAUGGCACAUAGGCCAAAUUGCUGCUAGAAGACAAAUUCCUGGCUGCCUGCAACAGUCGCGAAUUCCCCGGCUGCGACUUCAACGGUCGAAAAUUUCUUGGCUGCGACUUCAACAGUCGCGAAUUCACCGGCUGCUCGUUGCUUAUACUGUCCCACGGGGCAAUGCCGCCACCGACCAUAUACAAAUUAUGAGUACACCACGCCAAUGGGACAAAAAAUUAUUUUCUUGGCUGCGACUCCAACAGUUGCGAAUUCCCCGGCUACUCGUUGCUUACUAUUAUACUAUCCCACGGGGCAAUGCCGCCGAACCGGCCAAAUACAAAUUAUGA